AUGCACUUCACCGUCCUCUUCGUCGUCGCAGCCGCGCUAUUUUCUGCUGCUGUUCCCGUCAACGCGUUUGAGACUUGCAGCGAUGCCGACAACGAGCAGUUAAUCGAGCUGUACUCGACAGCAGCCGAAACUAGUGCCUGCGCGCCGUACUCGACGUUCAUGCCGAUCGGAACAGCAGCGAUCUACUGGCCGUGCGACGCCACCGAUUGCCAAGAGGUAAUGGCGCAAGUCGCUUCGGGCAUGCCUGACUGCUGGUACAUGGGCAACAACCAGAAGGAGACGCUGCAGGAGGCGGUUGACCGCUGUGCAGGCGAGACACCGGACUGGACGACAUCAAGAAGCUCAAACGGUGGAGGCGACUCAGCACCGUCGUCGAAGCCGUCCUCCAGCCCCUCUUCGGAGGCGACGGAUGACGAGGCUACGACUAGGCCCCAGAACCCGAGCAAGAAAACACAGGACCAACUGCAGCUUCGGACGUAA